AUGGCUGAUCUGGGCAACGAACUUGCGAAUUCAUACUCAGCUGCGGACGCGAAGUCCCAAAUACGCAUCAAGGUCGCCCUGUCCACCCUGCCGAUCGAAGAUGUUGGCCCAGUGUCCAAAGUGACUGCUUACAUUGAACUUGCAAGUCAGCCAUCCUCACGCUCUGCUGACCAGGCUCUGUCCAUAUACCCUCCGCGUCCGGAAUCAACCUUAUUUAUGAGCGACGUAUGUUUUUUAAAUAACUUUUCCUUUCAUUUUUGCUUUUCUAUUUUUAUUGGCACUUUGUUGGCAACCUCAAAGUUCUCCAUUGAAUAG